CGCCGCCUUGACUCUCCUCUCGUGCCGGUGGCAUUCGCGAUGUUACCGGAUAAGGACAGCAGUUCGACGGAGAAGCCCAACUCCCGGGACUUCCGUCACCUCACACUCGACGCCGACGUCUUGGCCACCUUAGAAGGUGCCUUCUUCAUCCCUGUGACCUGGCAAUUUCCUUUGGUGGAGCAUUUGGAGGUAACCCUCUCUUCACUGGAAGAUUUCAUCGCCCUCCGCACCUUUGUCAACCUGCGAAGCCUCUCGGUGGCGUUCAGCGUCGCAGAGUUGGGCGUCAACGUGGGCCGCCACCUGGAACGACUCCUGCAGCGUUGGCCGCAGCUCGAGACGCUCUCUCUGGCCAUGUGCGCGGGCGUCCGGCUCUCGGCGAUCGCAGGCUGCUGUCCGAGACUCGGGGAACUGCGGCUCGUCGACUGCUCGGGAUUUCACGGAAAUAACGCCGAGUUCGUCGAAGACGGCUUCUCCAACCUGCAUCGCGUAGAGCUGACGCGCACCGCGCUCGAGGCAAGCGUCGUAGUCCUGCAGGUCGCAGUGCGCCAACAGGUGCGUAGCCUCCGCCUGGGCGACGACCGCGUAUGCUCGACGUUCCUCAAUAUUUGCUGCACCUCUUCCGUCUCCGCAACGGUCGUGUUCCCACUCCUGGAAGACCUGACGCUGCGCACAGACCACACCGUGGGCGCGUUAGGACUAGAGCCGGAACACCUGCACCGAGCCGUACGUGCUAUGCCCGCUCUGCGCCACCUCGAGACGGACAGCUACGACCUGAGACUCUUUUUCGAGAACUUCAGCGUUCCGCGGGGAUGCGUGUCCUUGUCCUGGUGCGACUGCGUCUACUGCGUGGUUCACUGUCCCAAGCUCUGUGCCAGCUCAGAACUUCAGGAAGACGACGACGAUGAGGAGAAGACCACGACGUCGGUGGGCGCUAACAACUCCUUGUCACUUUCUGGACGGGGAGAUGAGGGGUCUGACGCUGCGGACGCUGGCAAGCACUCGACUUACGAGUGCGACGACCUGAAGUUUAUUAUCGAGGAGGACGAGCGCGCGUGCUUGGUUUCUGGGUGCGGUGACACGUAUCCCACGAGCGGGCACUCGGUUUCCGAUCGUGGUGACAAGUCCGUGUCAGAGGGCGUUUUCUUGUCGAAAGAAGUUCUUGUCGUCCAGGCGUGA